CCCUGGGCGCUAGCGUUAGCUCGGUUAGCUCCACAACUUUAAUAAAAUUUGUGCUGACUUGCUGUUACAGCCAUUUUUCGGAAAGAGACCGAAGUGGCCAUCCCUUUUAGUUUUAAAAUUAACUACAAAUACGAGCUAAACUCGUACACUAUCGAAUUAUUUAGCGUUUGUACUUUUUAUUUUCAAACAAAGAAGAAGACAGCCAAGUUAGCAGUUAGCCGGCUAGCAUUAGCUGCGUUGUGUGUGGACUGAAUUGAUCAAGCUACCGGCCAUCAGUUUGAUUUUUACUGAGAGAAUCUACUGGGAAAUGGCAACAGGAAGAAAACUAAUGAAGAAGAAACACCCUGAGGAAAAAUCAGACAAUAAAGUGUUUGAUUUUGUUGGAGAAGAUGAAAAGAAAGAGCUGAGUGGCUCAGAGGAUGAAGCAAGAGCAGAUGAAACUCCAAUAGUGGAAAAGACAGGCAAAAAGAGACCUUCGGUGGACCUUGAAGAUGAAGGAGCUGCAUGUGCAGUAGGAAAUGAGGUUCAGUCCAUGUUGGAGAGGUUUGGAGCUGACAUCAGUAAAGUGAUGCAGGCCAAGAAGAAACGCCUGGAGACGCUGACGAAGAACUACAUGAAGGGAAGCCAACACAAACUGGAGCAGCUGUGGAGCACUUACCACGCACAGAGGCAGAAGAUGACCCAGCAGUACUCCCAGCAUGUUUCCACGGCGCUGCAGCAGUGGGAGACCGAAGCCCAGCGAGCUGAAGAGCAGGAAGAGAAGCUCAAUAAUCUGUUCAGACAGCAGCAGAAGCUCCUGCAGCAGGCUCGAGUGGUCCAGGCCCAGAAGCUGAAGACUGUCAGACAGCUGUACGAGCAGUUUGUUAAGAACAUGGAGGACAUGGAGAAGAACCACGAUAGCUUCAUGCUGGGGGCGCAACAAGAGCUGAAAAAGGAGAUGGCCACCCUGCAGAAGAAGAUCCUCAUGGACACGCAACAGCAGGAGAUGGCCACGGUCCGUAAGUCUCUGCAGUCCAUGCUCUUCUAGUGAAGAGCUUUGUUCCAAUCCAAGGAUGCAUUCUGGGUAAUUAACAUGUUCCUUUGUUGUAACGCUGCAGCGUUGUCAUGGUUACAUGGUGUGACGUUUUUAGAGCUGGCUUUGUUGUGCAUCACCAGAGUUUAUGAUUUAAGAAGAUUUUUACUGGUUUGUCAGAUAAACAGAUGAUUGCUGGUUGUUGUUGUGUAGCAGUCACAGUUAGACAAAGAGGAAAUGCUUGGAGACUUUAAACAGUUAAAAUAAUCCAGAGAUGCCUUUGUUUCCCGAGCUUUGUUUGGAUUGUUUUACUCAAAACACAAGAUAAAAAAAUCACUUGUAGAUUUCUAAACUUAUGGAAUAACUUUUCCAUG